UGCGCCACUAGUAGACAAUCUCCUAAUCAAAUGCUUAUGGUGUUGGUCUGAUAUCCCACUCGGAAGCGAGUUUUCAGAUGACUGGGCGGGGCGAAAUGACAGUUUUUGCUUGGCUUGUAGUUCGAUAGUAGCCUCUUUUCUAUUUUGGCGACAUCACUCACAGCAUCUCCCAUCACGAUGAUCCCAAGUAUCAAAGCUCGUGAUGUUUUAGACAUAAGUUUUAGGUGCCGGUCAAAACGAGCGAGGCUCAUAGCCGCAAGUGCAACUCUGCCAUCACCUCUUCAGAACACAGAGCACGGUUCAGUAAAGUGAGCAGAAUCAGCUCAAGUGCUUGGGCGAGUUGGGAAUGUUCCUGCCUUGGUGACAAUUGGAAAGCAACUACGGAUGCGUGUUCGCUGCCUGGUCGAAUCAACACAGCAAGGAUGCCUACGGAUGGAUCUUGUACUAACAUAGGCUCCUGCGUGACUGGCUGAGGCUGUCUCGAAUUCGUAUUCGGAUUGGAUUACCCCCUGUCAGCGUUCACACGUUUCGGUAACUGACAUCUUGCUCACCGCCUGCUCAACCAAGGCAUGCCUCCUUCCAUCGAUUCCGACGAUUGGCCAAUUGCUGCGGGACCAUCGCCCGUUCCCAGGUCGAUUUCAGGAUCCUUGCAUCAAGUGCUGGACAGCUUUUGGCAUCCGCAUUUUCCUUCGUUUCCAUUUUUUUUAUUAGGUAUUAGUGUUUGGUCUAACGUGGAGUGUACGACGCACGAGUAGGAUUGUUGUGGCUCUGAUGGUAGCUGUUCUAGUGGACCUUUCCCCGACCUGACCAUCCAGGGACUGGGACUUAGUGUUGAAAGAGAGGGAGAUAGCGCUACAUUGGAAAUUUGAAAUGGCCAAACCGAGACACUCUCGCCAUCCCCCUUUUCCCGCCCAAUACAUUUUUGGCUGCAAUUAAAAGGCUCUCAAAAUCCCCGCUCUCUUGCGACUCUUGCAAAGAGUUUCGAUUGCCUACUUGAUUAUCUGGCUGCCCCCACACCCUUCCCUUCCGCGCUUUCCUCUUUCUCCUUCCCUUAACUUUACAUUCUCUCAGGCUGCUCUUCGGUUCUCUUCUGCCACUCCUCUUCUCGCCGCUCCCGCAAUCUCAACGUAACAAUGGUUUCCUCAACGGCUUCCAACCUCGAGCGCGAGGACCACACUCGCGAUGCACAGUUCAACAAGGCCCUGCACGGCAACAGUGCCAAGGCCACUGGUGGUCUCUCCGCCAUGUUCAGCAAGGGCCACGAUGCGAAGCAGGCCGCCGUCGACGAGUACUUCAAGCACUGGGACAACAAGGCCGCUAAGGACGAGACUGCUGAGGAGCGCGCAGCCCGAACUGCCGAAUACGCGACCUUGACCAGACACUACUACAACCUCGCCACCGACUUGUACGAGUAUGGCUGGGGCCAGUCCUUCCACUUCUGCCGCUUUUCCCACGGCGAGCCAUUCUAUCAGGCUAUUGCCCGGCAUGAGCACUACCUCGCCCAUCAGAUCGGUAUUACGGAGGGCAUGAAGGUUCUUGACGUCGGAUGUGGUGUCGGUGGUCCUGCGCGCGAAAUCGCGAAGUUCACUGGCUGCCACGUUACCGGUCUGAACAACAACGACUACCAGAUCGACCGAGCCACCCACUACGCCGCGAAGGAGGGUUUGUCGAAGCAGCUCGAGUUUGUGAAGGGCGACUUCAUGCAAAUGUCUUUUCCCGACAACUCUUUCGACGCUGUCUACGCCAUCGAGGCCACUGUGCACGCGCCCAACUUGGAGGGUAUCUACAGUGAGAUCUUCCGCGUUCUGAAACCUGGCGGUGUCUUUGGUGUCUACGAGUGGUUGAUGACGGACAAGUACGACAACGACAACCUGGCCCACCGCGAGAUUCGCCUGGGUAUCGAGCAGGGUGACGGUAUUUCCAACAUGUGCAAGGUCUCGGAGGGUCUUGCUGCCAUGAAGGCUGCUGGCUUUGAGAUGCUGCACCACGAGGAUCUUGCCGACAGGCCCGAUCCCAUGCCGUGGUACUGGCCCUUGUCAGGCGACCUCAAGUACAUCCAGUCCGUCUUCGAUAUUUUUACUAUUGUGCGCAUGACCAAGGUGGGCCGCUACAUCAUGCACAACAUGAUCGGCGCUCUUGAGGCCAUUAAGCUCGCCCCUGCUGGUACUAAGAAGACGGCCAACAGCUUGGCAUGGGCUGGUGAUUGCCUUGUUGCUGGUGGCAAGGAGCACCUAUUCACUCCUAUGUACUUGAUGGUUGGAAAGAAGCCCGCCAACUAGUUGGCAUGGUCCUAGCUGUGCGUAUGAAGUGCUCGAGGAACCAGAGACAAUGGCCAAGGCACCAAGUAUGAGAAGAUGCCACGACUUUAUUACUUGUUGUAUGAGUAUCAUAUCAGUACCAUAAUUGUAAUUAGGCGACAAUUGCCAUAGACGGCUUGGACGAGCGGUUAUGGUAAACUAUGAUUCAAGAGUUAGACGUAAACAUUGGAAGAAAAAAAGACACUGAGAGAUGCUUCGCUUCGAAGCUUGACCGCCAAGGGUGUUGCUUUCCACAGUUAUGUAUAUACGAAGCCUUGUGUCCAUGAGGGGGGUUAUAGAAAACCCCGUUCCGCUCCGUUGACUACAUCGACUGGGUGCUAUGCUUAUUCUUUGUUUUGCUAACUUAUCAGCUGAACUGGAAUCAGCAGCGUAAAUCUUUGCUUGCUUGCUGUCAUCGAAUCCUGAUAUGAUCUGGGUCUUGACAGUUUGCUUACCAGGCUCGGUCUACGCUCUGAAAUGUCAAGCAUGACAGACCUCUACCUCAAGUGGUUGAACCCAGAUGGUCGAAACGAGCCCAGCCACACAUUCAGCAUCUUAGAUAAGAGCCACGAAAAGAAACAUUGAGGAUGGCGGGCAAGCCUAGGCCACCCUUGCGGAGAGUGGGCUCCCUGCUCGGAUGGAAACGGGUGGCGGUGGGUGCCAACCCCCAAAAGGAAUACAAGUUGUUUGCUGCCUCUGGGCGGGCAUUGUCACCUCAAAGGUAGGGAGGGAGCUUAAGCCCGACGCUGAUACUGCGACAUUGGUGAAGGCCGAUAAGGACAGACUAAGGGCAGUAACGGGGCCCGACGGAGCUUGUCGGGAUUAGAUCGGAC